GGAUUUUUUUAUAGGAAUUACAUUAUAUUUAGCGGUUCUCUGUUUCUUUAUUUUUGUGUUGAUAAUGGGCCCGUCUUCACAUUUCAGAAAUGGCCCAAUUGGAAAAUUAAAUCAUUUUUUUACAGUAACAUUAAUUGAAUGGAUAGGACAUUCUUAUCGAAAAGUUUGUGAAGGUCGUACAACAGAAACUUGCGAUCGGCUUUGCGUUUAUUUUAUGGAAAAAAAAAACCCAGUGUUAGUGAUAGUAUAUUUAACACUUCUAACAGGGUCAAUUUUAUUAUUUUACAUAACUGCAUGGCCUAAUAUUCCUGGUCACUAUCUUUCUGAUGUGCAUAAAUAUCUUGUUCCGAUAGUUAUAUUCUUUACAUAUGCGUCAUUUUUUAUAGCAUGUAAGAGUGAUCCAGGCAAGGUUACAAGGGAGAAUGUUAUUAAAGCUUGCAAAAUGUUCGAAUAUGAUUUUUUGAUAUUCGAGCCAAAAGAAUGUAAAACAUGCCUAUUUCUAAAGCCUGCUCGUUCGAAACAUUGUUCUCUAUGUGAAAUGUGUGUCGCAAAGUCUGAUCAUCACUGUUCAUGGAUUAAUAACUGUGUUGGUUUGAAGAACUAUCGCUAUUUCCUUCUUUUUCUAUAUGCUACUAUUCAAAUUUGCUUUUACGGUGCAUAUUUGAUCUAUCACAUAUUUUUGGAUAUAGCCAAGAAAAUGAAUUUAGCUGAGGCCUGGAUUACUUCCAUACAGACUGGAAGAAAAGUUAAGAUUUCAACAUAUCAGGCUGCACUGUUUUUAAUUCACCAUGAAAGGGUUCUUGGUGCAUUAGGUAUUUUUGCACUUCUUGUUGGAUUGGUCAUAUUAAUUUUCUUUUGUUAUCAACUUAGUUUGGUAUAUAAUGGCACAACAGCAAAUGAAGCAUUUAAAUGGGAAGAAAUAGAAGAAAUAAUAAUGACCGGAGAUCUUUGGGUUUUUGAAAGAGAAAUUGAAGAGGAAUCUAGAAGGAGGAAAAAGAAGAAUAAAGAGGUUUCAAUAGUUAAAGGUAGGACAACUGCUAUCUAUUGGAUACAGCCUGCUAGACAUCGAAAAAAUAAGUCAUCAGAAGGUGAAAGCGAAGCUAAUGGAGAAAAUAGUAAACAACUCGGAAGGCAAGUCAAAUCCAUGUCUGAAGUACGCAAUAUUUAUGAUAAAGGACUUUGGGGUAAUUUUAAAGAAACGGUAUUCCCACCUUCUUUAUAACAUUAUUCAAAUUGGUAGUUACAGUAUAAUAUAUUUAUUUUUUAAUAAUUUGUAUAUUUGUGAAGAUUAAAUCCAUAGAAACUAUUUUAUCACAUAAAUAUAUUGAUUAAAGAUAUAAACAUUUACAAUAAUUUGUCAUGUGAAUAGUGAAUAACAAUCGAUGUAAAAAUAAUACCGUGACUUUUUUUUUUGUCAAACUUUAUCCUAAUCAGUGAUUAAAUCAGCAAUUAAUCAUAGUGUAAUCUC